AUGUACAAGAUCAUGUUCCCGAAUGAGGUCGAGCUCAGAAAGAGGAUGUUUCGGAGAAAGAAAGGACAGUUUCUUGUCCCAGGCCCGAACUACCAGUGGUGCAUUGAUGGCCACGAGAAGCUCAGGGUGUACGGAUUCGAGAUAUACGCGGCCAUCGACGCCUACUCGCGCAACAUUAUCUGGUUCUACCUUGGGCACUCUGCCACAACUGCCUUGAGCGUACUGAAGCAGUACCUGGCGGCAUGUGACGCCUAUGGCUUCCGGCCAUGGUACUUGCAAGCGGACAGGGGGAGCGAAACGCCGUUGGUUGCAGCAGCCCAUUGGAACUUUGUUUUGACCACAGACGGACGUGUGGAAUGGCAUGAGCAAGUCUUCCAGCAAGGUAGGAGAUUGAAGGAUUCGUAUAAGGCAGCCCCGAGUACGAAGAACGUCAAGAUUGAGAGUUGGUGGGAGCGUAUGCUCCAUGUCUCCUCUCGGCAGUGGGUAGACUAUUUUGGGGAGCUCGCAAGGGACGGGGACUUCGACGGCGACAUGCUGGAGGAUCAGAUUGCCAUCUACGCCGUCUUCGAAGAUAUAUUACGUUAA